AUGGCGGCCUGUGAUCACUUGUUCGGGAACUGUGUUUUAAUAUUAAUUUUAAAUCUGUCUGUUAGAAUAAUUAGUGCUAAUGACAUUCUAGGAUGUGGCGGAUUUGUUAAAAGUCAUGUGAAUUUGGAUUUUUCAAAAAUUGAGAUCGGCCUGUACACUAAGACAGGCAGUCUGAAAGAGCGAACGGAAUGCGCUCCUACAAAUGGGUAUUACUUCUUACCCUUAUACGAGAAAGGAGAAUACGUGUUAAAGGUGCAUCCGCCGGCGGGAUGGAGUUUUGAGCCUUCUCAAGUAGAAUUAAAUGUAGAUGGUGCAACAGACCCAUGUUCUACCGGGCAGGACAUAAAUUUUGCCUUCAACGGGUUCGGUAUAACGGGUCGGGUGAUCACUGCGGGCCAGACGCUGGGACCCAGUGGCAUUGCUGUACAGUUGAUUCAUGAUAACGGCGAAACUAGAGACACUGUCACUGCGGCUGGUGGAGACUUCCAUUUUACUCCUGUAAUACCUGGAAAAUAUACAUUGAAAGCUACUCAUCCUAAAUGGACAUUAGACCCAUCUCAAGCUGUAGUGCAAGUGAAGGAGGGCAACACAGCUUUGCCGGUAGGAGUGCUGGCAGUGAAAGGAUAUGAUGUGAAGGGUUCCGUCACCUCUUACGGUACUCCUAUUGGGGGCAUCUAUAUACUCUUAUAUUCAAAGGGCAACCCAAAAUUCCGCGUAGAGGGCUGCAAAACAGCUCUCCUUCAAGGAGUCCCCGAUUCUCCCAUUUGCCACUCAAUUACAGACUCUGCAGGAGAAUUCAGCUUUGGCCUCGUACCAGCCGGGGAAUACAAACUGAUAGCACUGUCCAAAAACCCUGGUCAGGCUGCUGUUAGCUACAAUAUCAAGCCUGAAUUUGUAGUUUUCUCCGUGGGACAUGAUAGUCAAUAUAUCAAGAAUGCUUUCGAGGUGACAGGUUUCACGGUGGUAGGGUCAGUGCUGACGUCAGUUUCCGGCAAGGGCGUGUCGGGCGCGCAAGUACUCAAGGAUGGUCGUCCCAUUGGCAACACAGAUGCGGCCGGGAAGUUCACGCUACCCUCGCUGCAGCCUGGAACUUAUACAUUAAGUUUUCAGCAUGAGCUGUGCGAGUUCGACGACGUGCAAGUGGUGAUCUCCGCCGCGGGACCCGCGUCGCUGCCGGCGGCCGCGGCGGCGCGCUGGCGCGUGUGCGGCGCCGUCACGCCGCCCGACGCGAGGGACGUCGUCGUGCUGCCCGACGCGGACGCCGGCGCCGCCGUGCGGGUCACGCCCCGCGCUGACGGCAAAUGGUGCACGUUUUUGCCGCCCGGCAUGUACUCUGCCAAAGUAGACGUCACGGAAGCGGAACAGAGGGACGGUUUGCAGUUCUACCCGCUGAGCCAGAAGGUGUCGGUGGCCCACGGGCCCGUGGAGGGCGUGGCGUUCUCGCAGCUGAAGGCCACGGUGCGCGGCCGCGUGCAGUGCAAGGUCCCCGCCGCCUGCCGGGGCCUGCGCGUGACCCUGAGGCCCCUGUCGCCCGACGGCGGGUACGUGGGGCAGCCGCUCGCCACCACUGCCGUCGACGGCGAGUACACGUUCGAGGAGGUGCUGCCGGGCAGCGUGGAGGUGUCGGUGCCGGCGGAGCGCCUGUGCUGGGCCGACGCCAAGCACAACGCCGCCGUGACGCAGGAGCUGGCCACGCUGCCGCCCUUCCGCCACACCGGCUACGUGCUGCGGCUGCACUCCUCGCACGACAUCGAGGUGGAGUACACCAGCAAGUCUUCCCGGGGCGUGUUCUCCGUGCCCAAAGGACAUAGUCAACACUGCGUAGAGAAUGAGGACGUGUACACGUUGACCCCCCGAGGCUGCCAUCGCUUCCGGCCUGCGCAGGCCAUUGUGGACACCUCCAGUGAUCAAGUAGCCACGGCGAGUUUCGUGGCCGUGGCGCACGCGGUGGUGGUCCGCGUGCUGUCCCCGGAGCCGGUGAAGGACCUGGUGCUGCUGGUGAGCAGCGAGGGCCACGGCGAGAGGCCCGUGGGGCCGCUGGUGCCGCUGCAGCAGCCGGGCGGCGGGUACGCCUUCGAGCACACGCUGUUCAUGGCCGAGGGCGAGGUGGCGGUGGUGGCGGCGUCGUCGGCGGCGCUGCUGUUCUCGCCCGGCGCGCCGCAGCAGCUGCUGGGGCUGGGCGAGUGCCGGCCGCAGGCGCUGGUGCUGCGCGCGCGCCGCGGGCUCACGCUGGCCGGCCGCCUGCUGCCGCCCGUGGCCGGCGCGCAGGUCACGCUGUCCGCGGAUGACCUCAAGCUCACGCACACGACGACGGCCGACGGCACGUACAGCUUCGGGCCCCUGGACGCGGCCAAGCAGUACACCAUCACGGCGGAGAAGGAGUCCUACGUCUUCAGCGCGCCCGACGACCAGGGCAACAUCGUCGCUCACAAGUUGGCCGAGAUCACCGUGGAGCUGGUGGACGACGCCGAUAACUCUCCUUUGCAGGGCGCGCUGGUGUCGGUGAGCGGCGGCACGUACCGGCGCAACGCGGCGUCGCCGGCCGACGGCCGCCUGCGCUUCGCGGCGCUGUCGCCGGGCGAGUACUACGUCAAGCCGCACAUGAAGGAGUACCGCUUCCAGCCGCCGCACACGCUCGUGGCCGUGGCCGAGGGCCGCGCGCACCGCCUGCAGCUCAGGUGCCAUCCGCUUCCGUUCGCUCACUUCCGCAGCUUGCAAGUCACAGUAUUUAGUUUCCUGGGCGUGCGCGUGGCGUGGUCGUGCGUGGGCAGCGUGGCGUCGCUGGCGCGCGUGGGCUGGGCCGGCGCCGCGCUGGCGGCCGCGCCCGCGCCCGGAGCCAGCGGCAGCGGCAGCGCCUGCGCCGCCGAGGAGGCCACCACCGAGCUCAACGGCUCCUUCAGAAUCCGAGGCUUGCUCCCGAAGUGUGUGUACACGCUGCAGCUGAAGCGGCCGGCUGUCCCGGACCAGAACGCGCUCAAACUGGCCGGCAAAGAGCCGCCGCAGAUUGAGAUAAAAGAAAAUAAAGACAUCGAAAACAUUCGCCUCAUCGCGAUCCAGCCAACGCAGAUCACGGAUACGAACGUCUUGAUUUACACACCCAAUAUCGAGCACUACAAAUCGCUCCGGCUGUACCUCGCCUUAGACGCGAGUCCCAAUACUCCUAUAUACUCCACCAAGCUCGAGCCGACCGGGUACAGUCAGCAUCUGAACCCAGGUCUCAUGUACGUCCUGCCGAGGUUGCCAGCAGAUAACAAGACCUAUGUUCUGUCGUUAACAGCGACUUUGUCAAAGUCCAUGUACAAUUACGAAGAGCUAGUGCAUUAUUUCGUGUCUGACGGCAAGUUUAAGCAUAUUACCUUCGAAUUUUUACCUGAGGUGAGUGGUUUUUGAUUUUAGCAUUUUGGUAAAUUUUAGUUGAACUUACUCUAGAUAUUUUUUUUGGUAUGAGGUCUGUUUCCAAGAUAAGCAGACCGGGCUUAUUUUAGUCUUUGUAGUCCAAAACCGGUCAAGAACGUGUCGAACAAAUUCAUGAUGCUGUUUCGUGUCUCUAAGGUCAGUGUCACGUAGCAAAUGUUUUAAUUAAAUGACAAGAAAUUGUUUAAAAUCCAAUAUAUAGUUA